AUGUCUGCGGUUGUCAGCUUGGUUGGAUACAUUAUUCUCGACACCAUCAGUACAACCAACACAUCUGUUUUAUAUUUUGCCAUGUUCUUAUGCACCAUCGGAGCCUACCCUCAAACUCCUAUCGGUUCAGCCUGGCUAGUUUCCAAUAUUCCCAACCUGAACGCUCGCGCUAUGACCAGUGGCCUCUAUAUCGCCGUGGGGAAUUGUGCUGGGUUAUUGUCAAGCAAUAUUUACACGCAGAAGGAGGCUCCUAGGUACACUACUGUUUUGACGACCAACAUAUCCAUGAGUGUCAUCUUAUUGUUCGCUGGGGUGGCAUACGGACUGUGGAUGAGGUGGGAAAACCGGCGUCGGGACCAGAAAUACGGACCAGGAUCUUUGGUCACUGAGGGAGUUGCAAGUACUCGUGAUCCUCGAUUCCGAUUCCAGGUAUAG